AUGCACCAAGCCACAGAGCCGGUUAGUGGCGUCUUCAUGCUCACGAAGUGCAUGAAAAAACCGAUUCAGAGGAAGGUGCAAGACCAAAGCUCCGAGGACUGGAGCGAUAAUGAAAGUCAACGAAAAGUCUAUGGAGCAGCACUGCUCUGCGUUCAGCUGGUAGUUCCUCUGACUAUUAUAGUAGUUUCGUACACAGCGAUAUCCCUUCGAAUUGGUCAA